UCUCCGCGAAACGUGGAACAGUGCGGCACGCAUCCCGCUGCCAAGUUAACUUUUAACUUUGAAAAAAGUGUGAAGUGCUCCUAAUCAACAAUGACCGAGACGCUGCAGCUCCGCGGCCAGCUGGUUGGCCACUCCGGCUGGGUCACCCAGAUCGCGACCAACCCCAAGUACCCGGACAUGAUCCUGUCCUCGUCGCGCGACAAGACCCUGAUCGUGUGGAAGCUGACCCGGGACGACGCCAGCUACGGCAUCCCCCAGAAGCGCCUGUACGGCCACUCGCACUUCAUCAGCGACGUCGUGCUGUCCUCGGACGGUAACUACGCCCUGUCCGGCUCCUGGGACAAGACCCUCCGUCUGUGGGACUUGGCCGCCGGCAAGUCGACCCGCCGCUUCGAAGACCAUACCAAGGACGUCCUGUCGGUUGCGUUCUCCGUGGACAACCGUCAGAUCGUGUCCGGCUCGCGCGACAAGACCAUCAAGCUGUGGAACACGCUCGCCGAGUGCAAGUACACCAUCCAGGAGGACGGUCACUCCGACUGGGUUUCCUGCGUGCGCUUCUCGCCCAACCACUCCAACCCGAUCAUCGUGUCCGCCGGUUGGGAUCGCACCGUCAAGGUCUGGAACUUGGCCAACUGCAAGCUGAAGAUCGACCAUCUCGGUCACAACGGCUACCUCAACUCGGUGUCCGUUUCGCCCGACGGUUCCCUGUGCACGUCCGGCGGUAAGGACUGCAAGGCGUUCCUGUGGGAUCUGAACGACGGCAAGCAUCUGCACACGCUGGAGCACAACGAGGUCAUCAACGCCCUGUGCUUCUCGCCGAACCGGUACUGGCUGUGCGUCGCCUACGGCCCGUCGAUCAAGAUCUGGGAUCUGGCCUGCAAGACCAUGGUCGAGGAGCUGAAGCCGUCGAAGGCCGACCCGCCACAGUGCCUGUCGCUGGCCUGGUCCACCGACGGACAGACCCUGUACGCCGGCUACUCCGACAACAUCAUCCGCGUCUGGCAGGUGUCCGUGUCGGCUCGCUAAGAAGUAUUCGUGUGUGCGCCGUGUGUUUCUUUACUCGUAAGAAAUAUAUAAACUAAGAAAUGCGCGGACGAAAGUCUACGCCAAAAAUAA